AAAAUGUCAUGUUGUCUGUGUGUCUGUGUUCAGUGUUUUCUCUCAUCAGAUUCUCAGAUUCGCUAGAUCUCGUCCGUCGAUUGAUUGAUAUUUAAUUUUCGAUUUGUUGUGUUUUUGUGCAAAAAAUAUACGGGUAGCAGCUAUUGACAAAGAUAAAUGUUAAAAUUUUAAUAACCAAAUACGCAGUAGAAGAAAUCAAACGUCCGAAGGAAACAUGGUUGCUGUUACAGAUGAUGAAGGUACCAAAAAAGUGCCCACAUUUCAUAUUAUACGUGAGGUGUAUGACAGUGCAAAUGCCCAUCAACGGUUCGAGGCUGAACUCGAAAAGGCCCUGGAGGCAAAAGUCGAUUAUAUUAUCAUAGAACCCCCCAGACUGGGUGAUGAAACUGGUCGCUGGAUAUCUGUGGGUAAUUGUCUACACAAAACCGCUGUUGUUUCUGGUCUGGCCUCGUUGCUGUCGUCAUUGAUAUGGCCCAGCCGGCCUGUCAUAGCGGGGCCCAUUUGUGCAGUAUCGUUAUUUUGUUCCGGCUUGUAUACAGUAUCAUGGAAUUAUGAUCCCUGCUGCCAGUACCAGGUUGAAAACGACGAAGAAGUUUUGAAUAAACUGCCCUUAGCUGAUGUCUCAUCUCCUGUGAUCUUGGGCUAUGAGCCCAAUACAAAAACCAAAUAUUUACAACGUAGUGUUACCCUCCUUUCCGCUGCAUUCUGUGCUUGGCAAAUCUGGCGAUCCUACAAGUAGUCUGGCCAGACCACUAAACACAAAUAUUACAAAAAAGAAAAAAGCAAAAUCCAGCAGUAAAAAAUUCAAAAUAUAUCCAAGAAAACGCGAGCUCAUCCCUCUAAAAGAAACAAAAAGCAACAACAACACAAUAUUACUUCUCUGCACAUUUUGUUGUAAAAACGCAGCAGCAGUAACAGCAAUCCUUAAUUUUUUCGUGGCAUAGAAAAAUUUUGAAGGCCAAUACCGAAAUAUCUCAGUUUUAUUUUAUAUACAUAUAAAGAAUUAUUUUCUGAUUUUAUUAUAUUUGUUAAAAUAUACGUAUUUUUUUUUUGUUUUGCAAAGAACAGAAGAGACAGACAACACAAGAAAAUGAAACGCAGAAACAAACAAACUAUGAAACAAUAAGUUUUUAACAUUGAUUAUUUAGCAAGAACUUAUUUUUUACAAUUGCGCAGUGUUAAGGUUUACAAUUGUGGACAUUUUAAAUGCAUUUUUUAAUUUAUAUUAUAAAGUUAGUAAGACAUAAUUAAUUAAUUAUUAAAUACUUCUUAUUUUAAUUUCCAAGUUAUCUUUUAAAUGUUUUUGCUUUAUAAUUUUAGUUGAUGUUUGAGUGUUCUGUCAUGUCUAACCGACCUGCCCAACUGCAAUUGAAGCCAGCUUCCAAAAAUUUAGAUAUUUUGUCAAUUCAAAAGCACUUUAGAAGAAACAUUUUUUUUUUGAUUUCAAGUAUUUUUUUUUUUUUGGUUUGUAGAAGAAAUUUAAUUUUUCGUUCUUUUAAAAAAAAUGCAUUUCUGUUUCUUUUUAUUAAUAAUGAAAAUAAUCCUUUUUUGUUUUUUAUUCCAUGUGUUUGCUGUUUUAUUUUUUGGUUUUAUUGAAAAAAAAAAAAAAAACAAUGCUAGAAUUUUCUUUAUGUCUUCAAUUGUGUAAGAAAGAUCCUGUGUUUAUACUCUGUUUUCUUUUCUUAGAAUAUUUUAUUUUCCAACGUAAAAGAAAAACAAAGCAUGGUUAUUUUAGGCGAUUUUGUAUUAGUUGUAAACAUAAAUGAAACUCACUCAAAAUUGUUAAUAAUAUGUAAUAUAAUUCUAAAGUGAAAAUAAAUAAAAUUAAAUAAUAUAAACGA